AUGUCGGUACAGAGGAAAGCCCGAACGCAACCUCCAGGCCUGUACGUGGGCACAGACAAACACCGUUGGUGGAAAGAAGCCGUCGUCUACCAGUUUACAAAAGCCCUCAGGCAGAUAUGGGAUAUGACAUUGCAGAGUAUAUCCACCCCUGGCAUCCGCUUAGGGGAACCUCAGCUAACUCGGCAUCCCGCUUUUAGCUACGAGGACAUCGAUUCCAGCUAUGGCACGCUCGCUGACGUUGACAAUCUCAUCAAAGAGGUCAAAAGACGCGACAUGAGACUCGUCAUGGACCUUGUUGUCAACCACACAUCGGAUCAACAUGCAUGGUUUCUUGAUUCGCGCUCUUCCAAAACCUCAUCGAAACGAGACUGGUACAUCUGGAAGCCCGCUAGAUAUGACACUGAUGGAAAUCGUCAUCCUCCCAAUAACUGGGCACAAAUUCUUGGUGAGGCAAAUCCCGCGUGGACUUGGGACGAGCAGACGCAAGAAUACUAUCUUUCCUUGUUUACACCGGAACAACCGGACCUAAACUGGGAGAAUCCUGAUGUUCGAGAAGCUGUCCACAAUGUUCUGCGCUUUUGGCUCGAUCGUGGCGCAUCUGGUUUCAGGAUGGAUGUCAUAAACCUGAUCUCGAAGGUGCAAGGUUUCCCGGAUGCCGAUGCUGUCGUACCAGGGCACGAGUACCAACCUGGUGACAAGUACUUCGCCAAUGGACCUCGAUUGCACGAAUGGCUCAAGGAGAUCAAUCGCCAGGUGCUUUCGCAAUAUGACACUAUCACGGUGGGUGAGAUGCCGUUCGUCCGCGAUGAAGAUGAAAUUAUUCGCGUCGUUGGCGCAGAGUCCGAAGAGCUCAACAUGAUUUUUGCGUUCGACCUUGUUGAUAUCGAUAACGUUCCCGGUGACUUCAAGUUCACUUUACACCCUUGGGACGCCCGUGACCUAAAACGCAUCGUCACCAGGUUACAAAAGCUCAUGCUAGAACGGGAUGGCUGGAACUCACUGUUCGUCGAGAACCACGACCAGCCCCGUAGCGUAUCCCGCUAUACUGACGAUAACGAUGAUUGGCGUGAAGUUGGUGCGAAGUUGUUGUGUAUGAUGCAGACAACCCUAGCUGGUACGAUAUACGUCUACCAAGGCGAAGAGAUUGGUAUGCGCAAUGUGCCGCCCAGCUGGGGCCCGGAGGAGUAUAAGGAUAUAGAAAGCAUUAACUUCUUCAAGAAAUAUGCUGAGAUGUAUCCUAAUGAUUCCGAAAAGCAAGCGUACGCUCGCAGAAUAAUGCAGCGCAAAGCCCGCGACAACGCUCGCACACCGGUGCAAUGGGAUGACACGACCCACGCUGGUUUUACUUCCGCGACUUCAGAGCCAUGGAUGCGCGUGAACGACGACUACACAUAUGUGAACGUGGAAGCGCAAACCUCCGGAUCAAGUGCUUCCACCUCAGUCCACGCCUUCUGGAAGCGUAGCCUGGAGUACCGUAAACAAAACAAGGAGCUUUAUGUCUACGGCGAUUUUGACCUUGUGAAUCCAGACAAUGAACCUAAUAGUGCCGAGAUUAUGGCAUAUCGACGUUGGAGCGAGGAUCGGGCUGUACUGGUCAUAUUGAACUUCAGCGGGAAAGAGGUGCAAUGGGAUCUAGUUGACGGAUUGAAGGUAAAUACAUGGGUUGCUGGAAACUACGGCGAAGCGGAUCUGGAGGAGAAAUCAAAGAGCGGCUCGGUGUCAAUGAAACCUUGGGAGGGCCUGAUAGGAGAGCUUGAGUAG